AUCUCUUGCGCCGCCGCGCCGUAGUGUAUGACUUAUGACUUGCUUUUCUGGCUUUUCUUCUAUUUUUUGCGCAUUUGUGCUGAUCAAGGCCGUGCUCAAUCUGCUCAUACAUAGGUACUCGUUUUUCACUGACGCUGGAUUUCCGUAACGCAAGCCUGCCUGUUGGCUGCGAUUCCAUCGAUUUUGAUUGACUAAGCGACAAGUGACAACGGCGGCUGUUUUGCAACGCUUGGAGAUUAUCGUCAUACUGCUGUGACCUCAGCUCCCUCGGCAGUUCUCUGAUCAUGAAUCCGUCGCGGAUGAGCGCGCUGGGCGCCGGCGGCGACGGCCAGUGGGUGAGCGGCGGCCCGGAGACGCCAUGGCAGGGCCGCGCCCGGCCCGACGCGGCACGGCGCGACACCAGGCGCCGCAGGGCCCGAGAGCCGUAUGAGGCGUCUCCAGAAGCGCAGUCGUCUCAAAGAAGAAUUCGCCGGGAAACCGAAAGACAGCGCAGUUUGCGCACAGCCUGCACGCUCAUGUCGGUGACGAGUCUGACGCCGGCCUGCGGUCCCGAACUGCUGCUCACCAAGUACCAGCGGCUCAGUCAGCUGGUGCGCUACACGGCCUUCCUGGAGGACGCUACCAGCGCGCUGGUCAGAGAGCUGGGCGUGCGCCUUAACUUCGACUUCAAUCCGGUGACGCGCUACAUUCGGCGGCUGCGCUACCAGGCCCAGGCCGGCUCCGGCCUGUUUGACUUCCCAGCAGAUGAGGCCGACGAAGUUAUGAAACUGUUGGACACCAUGUCGGCGGGCGCCGCCGACCAGCGGCAGACGCAGGGUGCGGCGGCGACUUCACCAGCACCGUCGACCAGCUGGGGUCACCGGAGCGCGGCGUCCACCGGCACGGCGCCGUCCCAGCGGCGGGCCGACGAGCCGCCGCCGGCCGGCCGCCUGCCGCACUGAGCCGCCCGCCUGCCGCUGCACUGAGCCGGCCGCCUGCCGCCGCACUGAGCCGCCCGCCUGCCGCCGCCGGCCGGCCGCCAGCCGCCGCACUGAGCCGGCCGGGACACCAACACUCCGCCGGGCGGCUGUGCUCAUUUGCUGAGGAUGAGGGAAGGGAGAGAUGGAACGCGGACAUGUGGAUAUGGGAGAAGUUUUGUAUUUGGGUUUUGUUCGCUUUUGCUGCUUUCGAAGGUUUUUUGGUGUGUGUGCGCCUCGCUUGUGAAUGCAUUUGGAAGAUUCGUGCGAAUUUCAAGCCUUCUUGUUGCACUCGUUGAUGCUAUUUUUAGCUAGAAGUUGUAGUUUUUUUUUCUCCGUCCUGGCGAAAAUAUCAAUUGAUUGAUGCAGGUCAGUGGCGUAUGAGUUUCUUUGCACUUACAGCGUUCUCGUCACUGACGUGUUUGCUUCCAAGACGAAUACAUUCCUUUUAAACUUCA